AUGCCAGCGGGAAAUCAUAGCAUUGUGACUGAAUUCGUUCUUACUGGAUUCCCUGGACUUCAUCCAGAGUAUCAAGGCAUCACCUCAGCUGUAUUGUUCAUCGUUUAUUUCUUAACUUUGACAGGCAACUCUACAAUUCUUUUUUUAUUUGCAACCGACCACAGCCUUCCUGUUUAUCGUAUAAUUCUAAAUUUGGUGCCAUGUGACAUUCUCUUUAGCACAACCACUUUACCUAAGAUCUCCAGUAAAUAUUGGUUUCAAUCAGGGACUAUUUCAUUCACUGCUUGCUUUGUCCAAAUGUACUUUGUCCACUAUCUUGGCACAGUGAAUUCCUUUAUUCUCUUCCUAAUGGCUUUAGAUAGGUAUUUGGCUAUCUGUCAUCCUCUCAGAUAUCCACUUCUUCUUAAAAGCUCCACCAUCUACAUUGUCAGUAUUUCUGCGUGGAUUGUUGCCCAGGCAGCUCCUUUAAUGUUAGUUAUUAGAGCGUAUCCUCUUCCUUACUGUGCCUCAAACAUAAUCAACCACUGCUACUGUGAUCAUAUUGGUAUAACCAUGCUGGCAUGCACUGACAGGGCACUUUAUGGUUUUCCUGCUUUUGUGUUGGCAAUGGUUACACUGCUGGGACCUCUGGCGUUUAUAGUUUUUUCUUAUUGCUCUAUAAUUCUAUCAGUACUGAAGAUAGCAAAUUUACAAGGUCGCCUCAAAUUGCUGUCCACUUGUAGUACUCAACUGAUUAUAAUCUCACUCUAUUAUUUACCCAGAUGUUUUGUAUAUUUAGCCAGCAAUGUUGGUAUUACAUUUAGUGCGGAUUUGCGAAUAGUAAUUAUUAUGCUGUACAGCCUUUGUCCUCCCUUGAUCAAUCCACUUAUAUACUGCUUAAGAGCUAAAGACAUGAGAAAAAGCUUGUGGAAGCAAUUCAGCAGAAGGCCCAUUCCACAAAAAGGACAAGUUUCAGCUAUUAGUAACUGA